UCUCUCUAUGGCAUUGUGCCCCAAGAGAAACAAACCUGAGUGUAGUACUGUGUGUUUUGUUGGGGUGACCAUUUUCGCCGGACGCCCUCAACCCUAAUUCAUCUCCAUCGCCAAACACUUCCCCCAAAUCCCCCCUCAAGAUUCACACGAACACAACACAAAUCUCAAUCAAACCCCCAUUCGAUAAUCUUCCACAUUUUUCUCAAUCAUCGAAAAACCCCCAACCCAUUUCCCCAAUCCGCCGCGAUUUCAUUCCGGCGAAAAUGGCAUGAAGACGGCGGCGCCGCUCACCAAUUCAUUCCAGCUCGAUUCAUCAUCAUCCGCCGCUAAUCAGUCUUCGAUAACUGAUUGACAAUAAUGCAAUUUUGGGCUCCGAGGGUUCCCAUUUCCAAGGUUUUCCUCGCAUCUCUCUUCCAUGGUCGCUCCUCCCUCGUAGAAUCAUCAUCGCCGCCGUCGCCUUCUUCUCCUUCGUCCACUUUCUGGUUCGUCAAAGUCGUCUGCACUCUCUGCAUUCGCCGCUCCCCUUCUCUCGCUUUCGUCGAAACCGAUUAUUUCCGGGUGAAUUUGAAUCCCUCUGUAGCUUUCGCCGUAGUUUAUCACAUAAACAGUAGAUUGAAUAACCCCGAUUUAGCUUUCACCUUCUUCCGUUGCUCGAGGCUCCGUUUGAAUCUAAUUCACCUCGAGCCCACUUUCGAUUUGCUAUUGAGAUCCCUCUGCCAAAUGGGGCGCCACGAUUCGGCUGAAUUAGUCUACCAAUACAUGAAAUCCGAUGGUUUUUUGCCCGAUAGCUCGGUUUUGGAUUUCGUUGUUUCGUCAUUCGCCAAUGCGGGAAAAUUUAGGAUUGCCGAAGAAAUUUUGAUCGCACGAGCUGAGUACUGUAAUGAAAAAGACGAACUAGUUAGUUCUUUUGUAUAUAACAACUUUUUGAGCAUGCUUACGAAUAAAAACCGCAUUGACGACGCUGUUUUAUUUUUCAAAUCUCACAUACUGAGGCUAAAAAGCUUUUGCCCCGAUACGUGUAGCUUUAACAUAGUGAUGCGCGGUUUGUGCCGCGCGAGUAAAGUCGAUAAGGCUUUCGAGUUUUUUGAUGUUAUGAGGAGUUUUAGCUGUAGUCCCGAUCUUGUCACCUACAACACUCUUAUUAACGGGUUGUGUAGAGUCGGCAAAGUGGAUAGAGCAGAGGAGUUAUUAAGAGAAAUUAAAGUACAAUCGGAGUUUUCAGCAGAUGUUGUGACUUACACAUCAGUUAUUUCCGGAUAUUGCAAAUUAGGUAAAACGGAUGCUGCAGCAUUUCUUUUCGAAGAAAUGAUUAAUAAUGGGAUUAGACCGAAUUUGUUUACUUUUAACGCUAUUAUUGAUGGCUUUGGUAAAAAGGGUGAGGUGGCUUCUGCAUCAAAGAUGUACGAACGAAUGACGGCUACUGGUUUUCGGCCUGAUGUUGUCACAUUCACCUCUCUAAUCGACGGUCAUUGCAGAUGUGGAGAUUUAGGACAAGGGAUUCAUCUCUUGAACGAAAUGAACGAGAAAAGGGUUUCUCCUAACGUGUUUACUUUCUCCGUUUUGAUCAGUGCUUUGUGCAAAGAGAACAGAUUGAAUGAGGCCCGUGAUUUGUUGAAUCAGUUGAAGUGGAGGGAAGAUAUUGUACCCCCGCCGUUUGUUUACAACCCUGUAAUUGACGGGUACUGUAAAGCUGGCAACGUAGACGAGGCGAAUGCGAUAGUAGCGGAAAUGGAGGCGAAAGGAUGCGUGCACGAUAAGAUGACUUUCACCAUUCUCAUUUUGGGGCACUGUAUGAAAGGGAGAAUGUUUGAAGCUAUAGGAAUGUAUAACAAGAUGUUGUCUGUGGGUUGUGUGCCUGAUAAUAUUACGAUGAGUUCUUUGAUAUCUUGCCUUAGAAAGGCCGGGAUGGCGCGUGAGGCGAAUGAAAUAGAGCAGAAGGCAUUGUUUAGUGUUUCGUCGUCGUCGAAGAGAAGCAAUCCCGUUAGGAAUAAUAUGAAUGUGACGGUGGCUGUUUAGUUGGAAAAGAAUUUGUCUCUUGCUAUGUGCUUGAUUUGAACUUAGUGGUUGUGUAUAAGGCCCUUCCAUCAGAAAAAAAUCUAUUGAGCAAAUCAUUGGAUUGAUGAGCCAGCCAAAUUUGAGAUGCCGUCUCCUGAGUGGAUACUGUGUUACCACUGAAGGUGCCCUCAUUUUCAAUGCAAUGGAGGAGAAAUGCUAAAUUGAAAAACAGAAAAAGAAAAACAAAAAUAGAAUUAUUUGCUGAAGAGGCUCUAACUAAUGCAGAUGUUUUACAAUUAUCCCACGAAAAUUGUCCGACUUUAUUUUGCUGGCAAAAUCAACACAAGUUUGGCAUAAAAUUAAUUUUGGGGAAUUAAAUGAUCUACUCGCCUGGAUUGCGGUGCCUCAAUUCAGUGGCUUCUUUUCUCCACUAAAUGUGAUAAAGAGUUAUUAUGCUGUGAGAUGUUAUAUCUGCUCUCUCGUCACUGGUGAUUGUGGCGGCUCUAAUGGGUUUGACCUGUUGGGUUUCGGUUCUGGGCGGGUCGGCCCAUUUUUCUUAUUCGGGUGGGUCCCGUUGUGCAUUGUUCGUUCUUCAUUUCAACCGGCUAGGCGCACGUGUAAAUUCUUGUAUGAAAAGUAUAGUCGUAUCUAAUCCAAUUUUGCUGGAAAUUUUACUUGGAGCAUUUUUUAUGAGUCCAAGAAAUGAGGUGAUUUUUUGCUGAACAUUUUUUCUCGUCUGGCUUCCAAUUGAAACUUGGUUCCUUUCUGGUUCCUAGUUUAUAUCGACAGUUACUUCUCUUUUUUCGUAGUUCCGUAAAUAUUGGAACAUUAUAGCAAAGCCCGACUCGAGAAAAUAUUACUAAUAGUGUUUUUACAUUCUUCGAUAUGGAUUUCUUGGUAAGAUUCAAGAAGACCUGCGAUUUUGCAGAUUUUCAGGUUUAAAUCCAAAUUCAACGAGUGA